UUUUCAUGCGUACCGUUGGAUUUUUUUUGUUUACAUAGCAACAGCCUAGAUGUACCAGUAUGAUGUGUGACGAUAAGUGUCAUUGUUUCAUUCUAAUCUUAUUCAAUACACUGCAUUUAGCUGGUUAAACAUGACGGUCACAGCUUGAUAAUGAGGUAAAAGCUGCCAUAUCCGGCUACCGUUUUUUUCUAAGCUGGCGAGACUUCGCUAAGGGUAAGCAGGUCGAUCUGUUCUUCGAAAGAUGUCUUUUCAGGAGUCACCCCGUCCUUCUGAAGAGGAUGAGGCUUUCUACAUGCAGUGCAGAGCCGCGUACCUGGCUGUGUUCAGAUCUAGUUUGACAAAUAUCACUUCGAAACAGCACUUAUGCCGUGUUCUUCAACAGGCUGGUAGAAAUCCAUCCAGUGCCACUCUUAAUAAAUACUGGACUGCUACAACAUCUAAACUGAACUUUGAUGACUUUUGUGAGAUUCUCAAGCAUGAGGAGAAAACUGAGGAGAGUGAGCUGAUGAGAGUUUUUAAAAAGAUGGAUGUGAACGGUGACGGCUACAUCACACACAGUGAACUGGAGAAGGCCUUAAUCACUAGAGGAGAGAAAAUGACAAAAGAGGAGGUGAAUGCUAUCUUCUCACUGGCUGACAUCAACAAGGAUGGCAAACUGCACUACGCAGAAUUCUGCAGAUUGUUUGCGUCUACAGUAGAGCAGUGUCAAACAGCUGCUUUGGAGAGACUUGAGGCUGAUGCCAAGCUGAAGAGACUGAACUUUGGCAGUCAAUCAUACAGCCCGCCAAAGAGCUCCGUGUCAUCAGCAUCACCAGCAACUCAGCGGGCGGACUCGGACACGACACCAAAGAAAGACAACCGCUCAUCCUCCCGGCCUUCUUCAGCUCGCAGCAGACGUUCGUCUCUGUCAAGCUCAAUCACGAUGACAUCCAGCAGCACUAAAGCCAACAAAUUCCCAGAGCCUUCAGGUUUACAGGGUUGGAAUCACAGUUUUAUGAAAGGCUGCUUCUUUUUGGAAGACGACGGGAGUAUCAGCGCUCUGCAGUACCAGCUCCACAUCCCCCACACGACAACCGUCUACCUAACCAUCCAACCACUCGGCCUCAGCCACAGACCUGACAAGUCCUCAGCAUGGAUGACAGUGGACACAGCACUUUUUGUCAUGUCAGCUGGUGAAACUAAAGAAGACACAAAUUUAGUGUGUUUCACUGAGUCAAAAGACAAAGAAAAGUAUAUUUGGAAAGGGGAACUGAAUGCUGGGACAUACCACCUGCUUCCCUUCACCAGUGGCUGCAGGUUAAAGAAAAGGAGCAGAAAGAGCCCUUCUGGUAAACCCGUGGAGUUGUUCUACAGGACUGACACAGAAGAACUAGACCUGACCAGGGAGUUCAGGGAGGUGCUGUCUGACAUUUUUGAGAUUAUAGACCUUGAUGGCAAUGGUUUGCUCAGCCUGGAGGAGUACAAUUUCUUUGAGCUCAGGACCAGCGGAGAGAAGUGUGACAAGGAUGCCUGGGCCGUCUGCAAAGAAAACUUUGAUAUGAGAAAGAACCAGCUGACACGACAGGGAUUCAUGGAGCUGAACCUGAUGGAGGCCACUGAGAAAGAUGGAGACCCUGCAGACAUGUGGGUCACGCUGGAAGCUAUGGGUUACAACCGUAUGCUGGAGCUGGUUGAGGCCUGUCCAUUCCAGAUAGACGUAUACUGUGAAAGCACUCAGCCAUCCAUCCAGCCCCUCAGCAUGGAUUCAGGGCCAAAGCUUCUGAACCAGGCGCUCCAGAAGUCCAUCACAGCUAGAACAGGGGCCAAAGCACUGAGGGGACAUGACAAUGUGUUCAUCUACACCUACAAAGGGGAGCACAGGAUUUCCUCCCUCAUUACCAACAAGACAAACCAGAGAGUGACUGUGCAUGUGAACAACGAGCAGAGCAGGAACUGCUGCAGUAGCAGAGGCAUGACAGUGUUUGCUGUAGAAGUGCCAGCCAGGACUAAAAUGGUGUGCCAACAUGUUCUACCCAUCAAUGAAAAACAGGACUGGAUCUACAGCUGUGUGGAGACCAUACUACCCGGAAUGUAAAGUCCAGCCUGAAUGGACAGCUCUUUAUAUUCUGGCUAAAAUGUAUUCAUCAAGGUUUUAAAUGUGGGCACUAAAGAGCGAUUUGUUCUAUAUCCACUGGCAUUAUAUCAUGAAUGUGAAUUAUCAUAAGUUGUUCUAGCUCUGCUUUAAUGAUUAUGUGUAUUUUUUUACUGUGAGAAAUGGCUGAGCGCCUAAUCAUUUCAGCUGUCUGACUUGUUGCCUGGCCUGUAAUAUUGAAUUUGUAGGUAGUCGAUGAGUUUUGUGUAACAUCUGGUUAUAAUGGAGACGGUUAACAAUUUUCCUGCUGUUUUAAGUUGUUUUCUUUUUCCUUCUGUUGUUUUAUUAUUAUUGUUAUUAUCUUUAUUAUUUCUCUUUGUUGAAUUUGUCUUUGUUACUUUGUUAUUACUGUGAUACAUGGAAUCAAGGAUUGAAGAUUAAGGGUUUAAUUUCUAACAUUUAGAAAAUCAUGUCAUUAUUAUCAUGUCACAAUAGAGUGUUAUGUCAUUAUUAGGGACAACACUUUCUUAUGUUCAUUUUUUUUUUUAUCACUCUUGUCAUGUAACGGUGGAUUUUACUUAUGUUAAUAUUGCUGAAUGUCAUUACCAUCUUGUUUCGACAGAACAGAUAAGAAAAUUAAAGGAAAAGAACAAAAGUCCUUCUGUUCACAUAAAUGUGUUUGAAAAUUAGUAAUACUAAUUAUUUGAAAAAAAAUCUCUUACAGCAAUAUUGAAAAUUCCUGUCAAGGAUUCAUUAAAUGUGACAUUAGAGAAUUAUCAGCAAGUUUUCCAUAAACACAGAAAUGUCAUUCUGGCUCCAACAUUAUCUCCUGGAAUUAGAGACACUUGUAAGUACAUGUUUAGCUGAUUGUGGCCAUCACUGAAGUCAUUAAUUUUGUUACAUAUUCUUGCAGUUCAAGAAUAUUUAUAAAGAAUCAGAAUGAUUUUAGGCACAGAUAACAGUUGUGAAAAGCAGAUUUUCAAUUCCAAUUGUGAAGAAGACAAAAACUGAUCCUAGUUCACACUGAACUGCAGCAGUUUAAAUGCUGUGGAUGUUUGUUGAAUGUAACCAAGAAUUGUGCCUAAACUUUCAUUCAAGCUUUGCAGACUAUACAACCGUGCAGCUAUUCAUCCAUACUCUUUACAGGGUAUGGAGGGGUUGGGGAUUUGGGGGUUGGCAGUGAAAUGCAUUCCUUUGCAUUGCACUCGGGUCUAAGCUUUAUUUGCCCUUGGCCUUUCUAGUCGAGUACAGUGUUGACCUAUUUAUAUCUCUCAGGCCAUUAUUUGACCUUUGACUUUCUCUACUGAAAUAGUAGAGCCAGCUCACUAAAUGUCACAUGACAUGUGAGAUGCAUUUAAUGUUUCAGGCCCCUGUCUGCUCUUCUUUUCCCAACAUAGGGGUUUGGUGUCAUUCAGCUGCUUGCAGUUGGACAGUGGCUUUGCCAAACGACUUCUCCGUUAUGUGUGUUUUACAAGAGAUUUAGUUUCUUUUUUUGUGUGUUGCUAGUUACAAUAAUGGAAAUCCUUCACUUGCAUGCAAUCUGUGUGAUUUGUGGGUUGCAAACUCUUUAGCAAUUGUUUUUGUAACAGUCUGAUUAACAUCAUUAAUUCUUUUUCCUCACAUACUUUUGUUCAUCCCUUGAUACACUUUAAGAAAAAUUUCUUGUGAAGAACAGAUCCCUGUUCUUUAAAACCAGGAACCCACUCACACAUUGAUAUUUACUGCUAAUCCCAGAAGUUCAUAUAUAUUUCUUGUAAUACUGGUUUGUUUUUCUCAAUGAAAUUAAUUGGGUUCAAAUUUGUGUUCUAAUGUUAUAGUCUGAAACUUUUUUUUUCCCUGCAAAUGUUAAUAUGCAUAUUAUAAAUGUAUAUCGUAGUGUACAAAAGUGUUACCGCUCUUUUUUUAUAUAUAUAGCAUUAGUCAAUGCUGUUCAUGUCCGUUAACACGGACGUGAACAGUUUACGUAUAAGAAGGUACCUAACUCAAGAGAUGACCCAGUGUUGUGUUUGCACAUAAUAGACAACACAGCAAAAAACUAGCAGCUUGUUGGAAAAAUCCAAUUUGUUCCAUUUUUGUUUUGUUGAGUCUAUGAAAAAUCCCAAUAAUAAAACAGUUUGACAGGCUUUAAAUAGUAUGUAUGCACCAACAAUAUAAUUCUGAAAUAGCUAAUUGUUGAAAACUUGGAAUAUCUCAGCAUGGUGUGCAAUGUCCUUAAAGGAAAUUGGGCAAGUGGAGGACAAAAGAAGAUAUGUCAGUCCUGAAAAAACAGACUACAGCAGAUGAACAGUAUCUGAAAGUCAUAUUUUUAAGAAACGGGGGGAAAAAUCCAGACACAGCACCAGAGAAAUGAUUAACCUUCAGUUGAUCCAUCUACUGUUCACUGAAGCCUCAUCAGAAUUGGUCUCAGUAACCAAUGGAAAUGGGGAGAAAAGGCUGAGGUAUGCCCAAUUACACAAGAAAAGGACUGAAAAUCAGUGGCAACAGGUAUGACUGAGCAAUUAAUCCAAGUCUGAGAUUUGUAGUUCAAAUCAUCAUCAGUAUUUACAGAAAAGAUCAGGAGAGAGGUGCAACAGUGAGCCCACAGCCAUAUACAAAACAUAUGGAGCCUCUGUUUUUGUAGUCUGAUCCCAAACACAGUUCAGUGAAAGCAUACCUAGAUAGAAGAAGACAAAAUGGAAUACUAUCAGUCAUUGAUUGGCCUCCACAUAGACUGGACCUCAACAUUAUUGUAGCAGUGCUGUAUUUAUGUUUACGUUUGCACAUGUUUCUAUAAAUUGUUGCACCUAUUUUCCAUUUCUCAGCACAAUAUGAAGAAUUUGCACAGUACUUCUGUACUUAAGGACAACCUUCUGUUUUGACAGAUCUGAUGGUAAACUUUGUUCUACUUAUGUUGAUCAAACACUGUGAAGCAAAAGGCAAACAGCAAUGGGUCGAAACUGGCUAUGUCGCAAGCGUCACCCUGCAAAUAAUCAUACAUCUUUUUCUAUGAGUAUUGCAGGUGUAACUUCGUUCCCACACAAUAGAAACUGCUUGUUUCAUACAGUGGAUGAACUGUAGGGAAGAUUUGUAUUCUCACUCAGUGUUUAAAUUUGACCACUUUAAACCACUGAAAAUGAUCACUUUACGAAUAAAGAGUCUACCGUAAUUCUGUAUUCAAUAAUGUUAUAAAAAUGUAUGUAUAACACUAUUUCGAUCUUUUAAAAAAUGCAAAUAUUAUUGUUUUUGGUGUUAGUGGCUAAUACAUCUCAGACACUUAGGGGAUGGAUGAGAUUUCAAUAAAUCAGACCAUUGAUCAAAAAGCUGGGUAUUUGACU